GUGUGUGUGCGCGCGCGCGCGCGCGUUGUCUCUGUGCAGUGUCUCAGCUGCGGUGUGUCGGACUCUUUCCUCUCUUCGGACUCUAAAGGACCAUGUCCCCCUCCAGCAGCAGGACUGUCUCUGCUCCUCUUCAGGGUUACUACCUGACAUGAAGGACUGAAGUGUGAGGACGCAGCGCCCCCCGCUGGACUCCUGCUGCACCUGCAGGCCAUGGCUGAGCCCAGCUACUCUGACCUGAUCGCCAAACACUACAACUACACCGGCAAGUUCCGCAAGACGCAGCAGGACUCGGGCCUGAAGGCCGACUCGGUGGUCUUCAUCAUCGUGUGCUGCUUCAUCAUCCUGGAGAACAUCCUGGUCCUCGCCACCAUCUGGAGGACCAAGAAGUUCCACAAGCCCAUGUACUACUUCAUCGGGAACCUGGCGCUGUCCGACCUGCUGGCCGGCAUCGUCUACACCGCCAACAUCCUGCUGUCGGGCGCCAACACCUACAAGCUGACACCCACGCAGUGGUUCUUCAGGGAGGGCAGCAUGUUUGUGGCGCUAGCAGCGUCUGUCUUCAGCCUGCUCGCCAUCGCCAUUGAGCGCCACCUCACCAUGCUGAAGAUGAAGCUCCACAACAACGGCAACACCUGCCGCGUCUUCCUGCUCAUCAGCACAGUGUGGAUGAUCGCGGCGGUGCUGGGCGGCCUGCCGGUGAUGGGCUGGAACUGCAUCCAGAGCAUGACGCAGUGCUCCACCGUGCUGCCGCUCUACCACAAGACCUACAUCCUGUUCUGCACCACCGUCUUCAGCAUCAUCCUCAUGGCCAUCGUGGUGCUCUACGCUCGCAUCUACGCACUGGUGCGCACUCGCAGCCGCAAACUCGUUUUCCGCAAGGUGUCCAACGGCCGCGGCAACGCCGGCGCCAACAUCAAGAGCUCGGAGAAGUCGAUGGCGUUACUGAAGACCGUCAUCAUCGUCCUGAGCUGCUUCAUCGCCUGCUGGGCACCGCUCUUCAUCCUCCUGCUACUGGACGCGGCCUGUGAGACGCUGAGCUGCCCGAUCCUCUACAAGGCCGAGUGGUUCCUGGCGCUCGCCGUCCUCAACUCCGCCAUGAACCCGCUCAUCUACACGCUAACCAGCAACGAGAUGCGCCGUGCCUUCCUCAAGACGCUGCUGUGCUGCACCGCCUGCGUCCGGCCGAAUGCCAAGUUCACAGGUCCAAUCAUGGGGGCAGAGUUCAGCCGCAGCAAGUCGGAUAACUCUUCCCAUCCCAACAAGGAGGAGGCGGAGUACUCGCCGAGGGAGACAACAGUGGCGUCCUCAGGGAACGUCACCUCGUCGUCCUAAAUGAGUCAUAGCACGUCAGACGUAGAGUUUGUGUUUGUACAGGAAACAGGUGUGAAUGGCGCCAGGCGGUGUCUUCACGGAACCUUCAGCACUUACAGAGAAUUUCAGACUGGUUGAACUGGGACCAGUGACCCCGCCCACAGAGGAGGUCUGCACUUUGUAAGAAGCUCACACCUGUAACAUGUCAUCAGCUCACCUGCAGCUGUCAGUGAGGAUCCAGGUCACAUGACUGAGGCGGGAUGACGGUUUCCAAUAAUCAAUAUCAGUGAUCGACAGAUCUGAGCUCCGUAGAAAGUGACAGACGUUUUACUGACCGUCUAAGAACAAGUAGAAUCUGUAGAUGUUAAACACGCCGCUGGAAAAUAUUUAAGACGACAAAUUAAUUCAUUCUGUCCCUUCAAAAUAAAAUCACACCUGAGGUCAGAGUUCGGGUGCUUCUCAUGACCUCAUCGCCACACGUGACGCCACACGUCCUGUUUAAAGAUGAAGGGAAGUUUCUGUGGUGACGAACAUCAGAGACUGAAGCUGCAGAGCUGCAGUCUGAAAUCUGUCGUUUGAAGUUUUCUGUUUCCUCGUGAGUUGACGCUUUGACGACUGACGGUGUCUCUGCAGGACGUCAGAGGUGAAUCCAUGAUUAAAGAUCAAAUCGCCUGACUGACACAGAAACACGUCAUCAUAACAAACAACCAACAAACAGAAAAACAGGAAGUAAAAAUCAAAUCUGAAACUCUAAACUUCAUCAUCUAUAUUUCAUGUUACAACAAACUUUAAUAAUAACUUUUGUUCAUAAAACACUUUUUUAAGGUUAAAACAUUGAAAGGAAAAAGUUUUUACAGUCUACAGAAACACAACAGCUGAUCAGAGUCAGGUGAUGACAUGAAAAGUUUCUUGUUAUAAGAAGAUGUUUUUCACUCUCACAAAAUGAUGUCAUUUUAGAGCAAGAAACUUUUCAUGUUAAAAAAAAAACCUUCUCAUUAGAACAAUAUUCUUAUUUAUUUAUAAAACAUAAAAAGUUAAACUUUAUAUGUUGGAGAAGGAGGCGGCGGUGUGUUCAGGGACCACAAACGCAUUAAAACACAGACUGGUUUCCACCCUCAGGUCACCUGAUGAAGAUCUCAGGCUCGUAACCAGUCGCUGUUUCAAUGUGAGCGUGUCUCAAGUUCAUUUUUCCUCCCAAACUUUUCAUGUUCGUCCCAGAAACACAUCGCUGUUGCUUUUAACAUUCUGCGCCUCCAUGUGAUCGACAGAUUACAGAUGACAGAUUACAGAUGACAGAUUACAUUACAGAUUACAG